CGCUUCGUUCUCCUCCUCCCCCGUCCUCUCACUCUCUCUGCUCCCUUUCUCAUCCCCUCUCUCUCUCUCCGCCCUCGUACGCCGCACCACCGCCUCGCCUCCGCCGCACCUCCGAUCGUAGAUCCGCCACCAUCUUCCUCCACCUGCAAAUCUGCAACUUCUCAGAUCCUAUUUUCGUUUCUCUGACCUUUGCUUCUCUCUCUUUCUCUUCCCUGUCCCCAUCUUAUCUCGAUAUUUUUUUCGUUUUUUUUAAAUUCCAUCUCUCUCUCUCUCUGUGAGCAUUUGGGUAAAUUCGACGUCGUUUUCGACAUUUGGCACGUAUUCGCUCAGCUCAUUAAAACCGAUCUGGCGUUUUUGCCCUGAAUGUCCACGAACGAAUUGACGUAACUGCCCUUCCAUCGGAACACGUGGCUCCUUUCCAUGCGGUGAGAUGAGCUACCACGCCCGCACGAUCCUGACACCUGGCGCGUCAAGGAAACGCAAGGAAAGGGAGUCGUUUUACGCCAGCGCCGCGGCUCAGGCUACUACUAUCUUGACCGCAACGAAGCCGAUUGCCAGGCCGGCUCAGGCCCAGGCCCAGGCCGAGGCUAAGGUGGGCCCAGCAGAGCCGACCAUGUCCGACAACCGGCUCCUGGCGGGUUACAUGGCUCACGAGUUCCUGACGAGGGGGACGCUGCUCGGGGCGAGGCCCGAGGCGGCUCGGGACGAGACGCCGAAGCACCCGGAGGGGAAGCCGAGCGGGAGCUACGGCGAAGUGGCGAGCAUCCUGAAGUCCGACGGGGUCCACGUCCCGGGGGUUUUGAACCCCACGCAGUUGGCUCGGUGGAUCCACCAGGUGUGACGUGGUGGCCUGCUAUUGGCCUGGCGAAGCGGCUGCAGAGAAGCGUGAGAAGCACCUGAUCUGGAGCGCAGGUGUCAACGAGUCUGCAACCCUCGCCACCGCGACAACGCAUGGGCGUGUAUAAUCGAGAGAGACGAUUCCGUUUUGGAUGUAAUUAGAUCAAUCAAAUGAAUCGUGACAUGCAAUUUUUCUUUU